CCUUUCCAAAUCAAAGGAAAACGAGCAGAACAACCCCCCACUUUGAAUUAAGCCUGUAGGCUAAUGGAGACAUGGUGCGACAGGGCUCUCAGUGGUCAGGGGUCCAAGGAGUGGGCGGAAAUGAAAAAGGGGAAAAAAUGGUAUUAGAAAGGGAUGCCAUGAGGGAUGAAAGUGAAUUAAGUUUACUUAGAUUUAACUUAACUUUAAGUUGUAGUAGAUCAAACUCAAAGAAUAAUCAAACUUACUUCUUCAAGUGUAAGUUAUGGUAAAUUAAGUCUAUCUUUACCUUGCUAGAUGUAGAAAGGUUUAGCUUUCCAUUCCCACCAGAAAAAGAAACAAAUAAAAAAAAAAAAAAAAAGAAAAAAAUAAGGUUCUGGUCAUUGGCAGAUUCACAGGCUCACACCAAUACCAACCUUUUUCAGCUUGGUACGUCUCACACUCCCCCCUUUGUCUUAUGUAUUUUGUAGUCCUUCUGCAAGUCUUUAUUCUAUUGAUUCUGGAGCUGAUAAUCUGACAAGUUUGCAGUCAGUCAACUUUCAGUGUUAUUCCAAUGAUAAAUUCUGCUAUAAAGAUGAUCACAUGAAAACAUUUGUGGUUGUAAUUUUGUUACUGAUAUAUAAUUUCCUUUUGAAAUGAGGAUGAAAAAGGUUUGAAGGAACGAAGAUACAGUAUGAUGUUCUGAAUUGCCAAGAAAUGAGUUUCCAGGUUCUGUCAACAAGUAGGAUGUAGUGGCUAAACUAGUGGUAGGACCCUAAUCCCAUUUACCCUGUUAAUUGCAUCAAAAUUCAAAAGAAACGAGUAAGGAUGAUGGAGGAUGACAGUCCACUAUCCUCUUCUGUAAUCGGCUGUCAUCAACUUUUCUCCUGUUUACACUAGAGAAAACCUGGGAUUUCCAUUGGACUAUGAUCAUUAUUUACAGCAUUUAAUGUUAGUCUUAAUUGACAAUCAUUUGUACUCGGAUGGUGGAUAGGAAAAUAAAACAUGAGCAAUUUCAAGGAAGAACAAGUUUUUUCAAUGGUUUGUUUACCAUAUAAGACCUUAGAUUGCAAGGUCCUACCCUUCCAACAUGAACUACCUCUCUCAUCUGAGUUAAGCAACUCCCCUAAACUUCAGGAUUUGAAGUUCGUACACCUCGGAUACUAUAAUAUCUCAAAGAAACAUCUGAAUUUUCAGGAUUUACUGUUCAUACGGACUAGAGAUAAUCAUAGCACCACUAAGAAACAUCUGAGUAAGUACCUGAAUUCUUCUGUUCAUGUUGAUGUUCAGCUCCGUUUUUUUUCUGUGGGGUCUUAAUUGCACUUGGAAUUCCCUUCUUCCUCUCUUCUUCCUCCCCUUUCCACUUGUAUCCGUUUGGCCUUUAGGAAAGGAGUUGGGAAAAGGAAAGCAGGUUAACGGGAGAAAGGAUGAAAGAGGUUUAGAUAAUGUUUGUAACAUGCUAACUAGAAUCAUGAUCAAAAGUUAUCAUUGGCAAUUGAAUCAAAUCGGGUAUAGAAUGUUAAUGUUUAUGUGCAUUAAAAGAUGCUACUCCAUGAAGAAAAUGUUUAUGCGCAUUAAAAGAUGCUACUCCACGAAGAAAAUGAUCAAAGUUAUUGUUAUCAAUCUGAAACAAAGAAGGGAUGGUGAUAAAGAGAAGGAUGCAGACAGGGGGGAGGGGACAGAAUACUAACAGUAAUGUGCCAUAGAUAUUUCCAACUACUGAAUAAUUACAUAUAUAGAACUUACAUCUUCAGCAUGCCGAUUAAUGAAACACGAUUUAUCAGAUUUGAUGAUAUAAAAUCUAUAAUGCUGGAUUUUGCAGGUUAGCAACAGAAAAAGAUGGCAGAUGCUAUCAUAGAAGUUGUAGCAGGGAAGUUGAUCGAUGCACUGAAAGAACAUAGUGGUCGUGUGCUUGAAUUUCGAAGCCAGUUCAUGGAGCUGAAGACGCAGCUUGACCUGAUGAAAUCCUUUCUUGCUGAUGCUAACAAGCUGAAAAGGAAGGAGGAAACCGUGAAGACAACUCUAAGCAUGAUCAGAGAAUUGACUUAUGAUGCGGAGGAUAUACUCACAGAUUGCUUACUUAGAGCUGAAUACCAGGAAGAAGUUUUCCAUUGCAACAAUUUCCUCCAUCGUAAGAUGAUCUUUCAGCAUCGAACUGGGAAAAAGCUGAAAGAUAUUAAUGGACGGAUAGAGAAGAUGCAGAAGAUCUUGAAAACCUACUUCAAGACAAUUGGACAGCAGAGUGUCCAUGAUGAUGGUGGCAGUAUCACUAGGAGGUGGACGUCACCAGCUUUUGAUGAAUCCAGCAUAGUUGGUUUGGCAGAAGAUACACAGAAGAUUAUAGGGUGGAUUCUUCCUACGAAAAAACUGUUACACCAGGUUGGGAUUGUGGGAAUGGGGGGUUUGGGGAAAACAACCAUAACCCAGAAGAUCUACAACAAUGAUAUGAUCCUCGAGCGAUUUGAGGAGAGGAUUUGGGUGUCAAUAUCUCAGACUGUCAAUGAGGAAGAGAUCAUGAAAACCAUUCUGAAACAACUGGGAGAGGAUACUUAUGGACUGGAUAUGGGUCAAAUGCUGCCAAAGAUUAAAAAUGCACUUGAAGGUAAGGACUAUCUGAUCGUGAUGGAUGAUGUCUGGAGUGCUCAUGGCUGGUGGGAAAGAUUACUUGCUGGACUACCCAAGAGGCAGGGGCAGAGCAGUGCUAUAAUAAUCACUACACGGAAAGAAAGUGUUGCCACAGAGAUGGGGGUGGAGAAAGCUCGAAUUCACCAACCCCGAAUUCUCAAUGAUGAAGAAAGCUGGGCCUUAUUCUGUAGAAUUGCAUUUUCUUCAGAAAAGGAAGCAAAACAGCACUAUGAGUUGGAAGAACUAGGGAAAGAUAUAGUGAAGAAAUGCAGUGGACUUCCGCUAGCUAUUAAGACAGUAGGAGGCUUGCUGAAAUCAAAAACUGUGUCAACUGAUGUUUGGAGACGGAUUUACAACAAUUUCCAUGAGGAAUUGGCCACUAGAGAAGGUGAAAGCUCAGUAAUGGCUUCCUUACAAUUGAGCUACGAUGAGCUGCCUACUCGCCUGAAGCAAUGUCUAUUAUGUUUCUCCAUCUAUCCAGAGGACUCGGUGAUAAGUGCUGAGCAGUUGGUUCAUUGGUGGGUUGGAGAGGGUUUCGUCCAGGGAAAAGACACCAGAACAGCAAUAGAAUUAGCAUUUGAUUACCUGUCGGAGCUUAUUGGUAGGUGCCUUGUUGAAGUUGUCAAGCAGAGAGGUUUUGAUGGAAGAGUCUACAGUUGCAAGAUGCAUGAUCUUGUCAGAGACUUGACCAUUAAAAUUGCCAGAGAAGAGGCCUUCUGCAGCUUUGAUGAACAUGGCAAGCAAAUACCUACUAUACGAUCCAGGCGUUUAGGUGUUACAGGUGAAGAAGAUAUGAAAUCACUGAAUAGAAAAUCGAAGCUCCGGACUUUCCUGAUGAUGAGCAGCUCUCCGGUUGACUUUGAUAGGACCAUCCCACUGUUCAGAGUAAAGUCCCUCAGGGUGUUGGAUUUCUCACAGAAUAAGCUAGAUAACAUUCCCAUUCAGAAACUACUGCACUGGAUCACCUCCCUUGAACGCCUAGUAUAUCUGAACCUAAGAGGAGUUGCUGCCCUGAAGGAACUGCCACAGUUAAUCGGAGAGCUCCGAAACCUGCAGCUUUUGGUUUUGACUGGAUGCAACAAUCUACAGAAACUGCCCUCGUCGAUCACAAAUCUGCAGAAGUUAAAUGUAUUGGACAUAGGGUACUGUCCUAUCCAAUAUCUCCCUCAGGGGCUAGGGAGGCUCUCAAAUCUUCAAGAGCUGUCAGGAUUCACAGUACCAAGUGCAGCAGACAGGAAUGGCUGUCGUUUAGGUGAGCUCCAAGGCCUGUCACAGCUUAAAGUACUGCGAGUAAACAUAAGCGAAGAAAGCGGCAUUGCAGAACAGGAACUGACUGUCCUGUCCCGUCUCAAACAACUAAAGGUUUUAUCAAUCAACACCGAAGGAUGUGAGAAAGAGGAGAUUUUCCGGAAACUAGAUGCCUUGUCUCCUCCACCACAUCUUGAGGAGCUGUACCUCAGGUAUUACCGUGGUGUAACCACACCAAUGUGGAUAAAUCCUGAGUCACUCCGUCAAUUGCAGUAUCUUUGUAUCGAAAAUGGAGACCUGCAAUUCAUGCACCCUAGCUUCGAGGGUGGCAAGACGGUCACUUGGAAGGUUGAAGGUCUUUGUCUCAAGUUCCUGGCAAGGCUACAGGUGGAGUGGGAUUUGGUGCAGAGUGUGAUGCCGCGAGUAAGAUAUGUGGAAGUUAGUCAUUGUUACAUGUUGAAAUCGUUUCCUUGCAACAUUGAAAAGCUAGGAGUUUGGAGGAAAUGACAGAAGAGAACUAAAGUGUUGCAUUAAGUGGUAUUACACACCCAAGCUUGCAGAGUCUUUCAGUCUUGAAGACGUGGACGUGAUUGUCGUGCCCAAGGCAUACAAGUUCUUCUCAGUCUGAGGUUUUUUCUUUUUUAACAGAAAGCAGCUGUUAUAUCAUUAAAUAAUCUGCAGAAACUAGUAUCCUAUUAAAGCUUACUUACAGAUUUGAAUGUACCAAUAAUUUUCAAAAUCUAUGAAACGAGUUGCAAUGUUCUUUUU